AUGAAAACGCGGACGCUGAAGUCUGGACGACCACCUGACGGUGGUGGUGAGAAGGCGAAAAAUGCUGAAGGUGAAGCUGGUGCGGAUGGGUCCCUCGAAGCCGAUACGAGACGCAGUCGUCUGCUCAGCAGAAUGAGCAUGUUUCAGGAUCCCCUGGCAGAGCGCAUCCGCAAACCAAGCCUGUGGCAGCGGUUGGGUUUGGCUGGAGCACCGCCAGUGGAGGACCAAAUGAAAUUGCCCACGGUCUCAACGCACAGAAAUUUUUCUCGAGAUGGUAUGAUCUACAAAUUCCGGCUGUCUUUCCUGCACGACCUAGCAACCUUCAUUUGCCUCCUAGAUGAUGACGAUCUUCGGGAGGCUGUUGCGGAAAUGGAGAAGCGUGGCUCGAACGUAGACGAUAAGAUGUUGACCUAA